UAUCAUUUUCAGUGUCUCCCUUCAAAGCCUUCGAUACUAAGCUCCCUGCCUCCCUCUCUUCCUUAACACAAGCACACAGCGCGAUUUGUAUUUCCAUUUCCAUUUUCGUUAUCUCUCUGAAGCCAAACAGAUCCAAAACUGUUACUUGUUCUAUCUUUCUCCGUAAUGCCAGUUAAGAUCGCCUGACUCGGUCUCCGACCACAGUUGACUCGCGCACUGAACCACAGAGCCCAAAGCUUCUAAUUCUAAUGGGAGGAGUGCCUUCGACACCGCGGUGGAGCACCGCACGGCCACAGGACACAGCUGAGUACUUAAUUGGCUCAUUUGUUGGUGAAAAAUCCUUCCCUCUCGGCUCCGAUUUCUGGCAGAAACUCUUGGAACUCCCUCUCAAUCUUCGCUGGCCCACUGACCGUGUCCAGGAAGCCUGCCAGCUCUUCGCACAAAACAAUCAUUUCACUAGACAUCUUGCAAAGAUUUUGAUUCACCUAGCCCAAUGUUUGCAAGAGUGCAUUUCAUCUUCUGGUGCACCAUCCCCAGUUUAUAUGAAGGCAGUUAAUGCGGUAUACAUUUCAUCCGUUUUCUUGAAGUACUCAAUUGAAAAUACCCAAAGCAACAACAUCGAAGACUUGUAUUUGUCAUUGGAUGAAAGUGAACCGGUACCAAAGGAUUUCAUAAGAGACCAAAACAUUGAAAAUCUUGUCAUGCAUAGUGUGCUUCGCUUUAUUGGCUCUGUAGAUGUAAGUUCAAACACAUACCUCCUACAUCAGGAAUUGCUCAACUUCAUGCUUGUUGCGAUGUCAACCCAACUUCUGUAUGGUCCAUCUCCAGGACCUUCAGAUAUGAAUCCUUUUAUUGAUGCAGCGAUGGCCCAGGAAAGUUCUUUGGUCAGUUUGGUUGUUCGCAGGCUGCUACUCAAUUAUGUAAUGCGACCUCGCUUCCCAUUCAGCAGUGCAUCUUAUCCUGUAUUUACUGAAGGGAAUCAGCCUGGGGUUUUGCAAAGAGUUGGUUCUGCUGCUGCUACUUUUGUCUUACUGCCAUUCAAUUAUUUGGUCAAUUCAAAUGGUGAAGGCGUAAGAAAUCCAUUGGCAGACUGCAGUAUUCAUGUCUUGCUCAUACUUAACUAUUAUCAUAAAUGUGACGUGGCUGAUGAGCCCGUAACUGACAUAAGUGAUGACAGUGCUGCUUCAGAAUCUCUUCCCAAAGUAAAUACGUAUUUCUCUGACAAUCCUUAUUGCAAAGCAUUAGAAAAUGCAAGGGAUGUUGAACUUGAUCGUGUAGAUAUUGAGGGGAAUGCACACAAUGGAUCACUCGUGAGAUUACCUUUUGCAUCUCUAUUUGAUACUCUUGGCAUGUGCUUGGCUGAUGAAACUGCAGUUCUAUUGCUUUACACAUUGGUCAAUGGGAACUCUGACUUCUUGGAGUAUGUUUUAGUGCGAACCGAUUUGGAUAUAUUGCUGAUGCCCAUUCUGGAAACACUAUACAAUGCUUCAAAGAGGACACCAAAUCAUAUAUACAUCUUGUUGAUUAUACUUCUUAUACUGAGUCAAGAUUCUUCUUUUAAUGCAAGCAUUCACAAGAUGAUACUGCCUAGUGUUCCAUGGUAUCAAGAGCACCGUCUUCAUCAGACAUCUCUUGGUUCCUUGAUGGUCAUAAUUCUUAUAAGGACAGUGAAAUAUAACCUAUCAAAGCUGAGGGAUCUUUAUCUCCAUACAACUUGUUUAGCAACUUUGGCAAACAUGGCUCCUCAUGUCCAUCGUUUGAGUGCAUAUGCAUCACAGAGAAUCGUUAGCCUCUUCUACAUGCUUUCUCGCAAGUACAACAAACUUGCAGAGAGGAUAGAUGAUAAAAUAGGAAAGAGUGGCUCAGUUGAACAAGGCAGUCUUGCUGAAGAUUUGUCUGCUGAGUUGCAUAUUUACACAGACUUCCUGAGAAUUGUCCUCGAAAUUUUUAAUGCAAUUUUGACUUAUGCCCUUCCACGCAAUCCUGAGGUUGUAUAUGCUAUAAUGCACAGACAGGAGGUUUUUCAGCCAUUUAAGAAUCACCCACGCUUCAAUGAACUGAUUGAAAAUAUUUACAUGGUUUUAGAUUUUUUCAACAGUCGAAUAGAUGCACAAACAAAAGAAGGCGAAUGGUCGGUAGAGAAAGUCCUCCAACUUGUAAUUAGCAAUUGUCGAUCGUGGCGAGCUGAAGGAUUGAAGAUGUUUACUCAAUUACAUUUCUCAUACGAGCAAGAGAGUCACCCCGAGGAGUUUUUCACUCCAUAUAUUUGGCGUCUGGCUUUGACCCACUGCGGACUCAGCUUUAAUCCUGGUGCCAUAAAUUUGUUUCCGAUUGAUCUGUCAAUAGAAAAACUAAAUGAUUUUGGAGGAGAUCCUGAUAAGCAUCAAAAUGGGGAAUUGGAUCAGCAAGUGCGGAUUGAGGUGUAGCGGGCGGUACAAUGUACUCCACCUUAGUGUCCAUAUCAUACUUGACCGUUUUGUAAAUACGUGUAGUAGAGGUGUAUUCAUCUCAUUCUUUCCUGUUUAUAUGCUUGGAACAUUGUAGAGGACUCUCCCAUAUACAAAAAUUAUUGACAACACAAUGUAAUGAAUAAGAGACGAUGUCUUUCCACUUUUCA